AGAGCACAGACAGAGUGGCAUUGGUUUGGCCGCCAUAGAUUUUUCAUACCAACCUUGAGCCCUUUUCGUCUCCAAAUUAAGCAAAGCAGAAAUACAAAAAAAAAAGAAAACGAAAAGAAAAAAAAAUACAUAAAUGGGUAGUUCGAGGUUUCAUGCACUUAUGUAUCCAUGGUUCGCAGCAGGCCAUAUAACUCCUUUCCUUUACCUUGCUAACAAAUUGGCUGAGAAAGGUCAUAUGGUUACUUUCUUGCUCCCUAAGAAAGCUCUGAAACAGUUAGAACAUCUCAAUCUGUUUCCACACAACAUUGUCUUUCGCUUUGUCACCGUCCCUCAUGUGGAUGGUCUCCCCAUUGGCACAGAGACAGCCUCUGAGAUCCCGGUGUCAACAAAUAAUCUCUUGAUGUCCGCUAUGGAUCUCACACGUGAUCAAGUUGAAGCUGUGGUCCGAGCCGUGGAACCGGACCUGAUCUUCUUUGACUUUGCUCAUUGGAUUCCAGAAGUAGCUAGAGACUUCGGCCUUAAGACUGUUAAGUACGUCGUGGUGUCUGCGUCGACGGUAGCUAGUAUACUUGUCCCAGGUGGUGAGUUAGGUGUUCCUCCGCCAGGAUAUCCUUCAUCAAAGGUGCUGCUUCGUAAACAAGAUGGUUACACCAUGAAGAAUCCAAAUCCUACAAUCGAUGUAGGACCAAACUUCUAUGAACGAGUCACUACAAGUCUUAUGAACUGUGAUGCCAUUGCGAUAAGAACAGUCAGAGAAAUCGAGGGAGACUUGUGCGACUAUAUCGAAAAGCAUAGCAGAAAAAAGGUUCUCGUGACAGGUCCAGUGUUCCCUGAGCCAGACAAGACUAUACAGCUAGAGGAACGAUGGGUUAAGUGGCUAAGUGGGUUUGAACCGGACUCAGUAGUGUUCUGUGCAUUGGGCUCACAAAUCAUUUUAGAGAAAGAUCAGUUCCAAGAACUCUGCUUAGGAAUGGAGCUAACAGGUUCACCGUUUCUUGUGGUGGUUAAACCACCCAGAGGAUCAUCAACGGUUCAAGAAGCACUUCCAGAAGGAUUCGAGGAGCGGAUUAAAGGAAGAGGAGUUGUUUGGGAAGGAUGGGUUCAACAACCAUUGAUAUUGUCUCAUCCAUCGGUCGGGUGCUUUGUGAGCCAUUGUGGGUUUGGAUCAAUGUGGGAGUCCUUGCUGAGUGAUUGUCAGAUAGUCUUGGUGCCACAGGCACAGCUGGGUGAUCAUAUCCGCAACGCAAGGUUGAUGACUGACGAGCUCAAGGUUUCGGUUGAAGUUGUACGAGAGGAGACAGGAUGGUUCUCUAAAGAGAGCUUGCGCGAUGCUAUCAAUAGUGUGAUGAAAAGCGACAGUGAAAUCGGGAAUCUGGUUAAGAAGAAUCAUACCAAGUGGAGGGAGCCACUAGCUAGUCCUGGACUUAUGACCGGUUAUGUCGAUAAUUUCAUAGAGUCAUUGAAGGAUCUUGUCUCUGGGACCAACAAUGACUGAAAGAUACGAACACUAUGAUGUUAAGAAUCAGUGGGUGAUCAAUAAGGUUGAUAUAAACCAAACUAUCUUGAAGUGCUUCCGUUUCCUAUGUGUGUGUGUUUUUUUUUUUUGUAUGAUGUUUCUAAUUAAGUGACAGUGGGUGGGUGAUCAAUAAAGUUUGUAUAAUUAAACCACACUAUCUUGAAGUAUUUUUAUUUCCAAGUUGGUUGUAGAAUAAUGUGUCUUGAUAUGCCAUUAUUAAGUCAUUUAUGUGCUUUCCUA